GCUUGGAUGUUGAUAUCAACAUGGCGCUUGUCAGACAGACAAAGACAGUCAGUCUGGUGUGAUUGAGCCAAAAAAACCCAAACAAACCCGAGGGAGCGGGCGAGGCGCAGGGAGCGGCAGGAGCCGGGCCUCACGGGGUGGGGUCCCUGGUCCUCAGAGGGCUGGCGAGGGGGGGCGAGCUGGCCGAGGGAUUUCCUCCCCCCCAUUGUCCUCGCCCCUCAGCGCUCCCGUUCAUCUCCCCUCACGUUGGGGCAGGCGGGGGGACCCCCCACACUCCUGCCGUUACAUGGUGAGGUGGAGGCGCCGCCGGCACCCAGAGGCUUGGACUCAGGGGCUUGGCAGUCUUUCAUCUGCAGUUCUGUCCAGAUGAACGUGUAUGCCUCACAGUAAUGGUAAAUAACACUGAAGACCCUCAAGAGGCUUUGUGACGUCCCAUCCCCAUGUAAAGUAUGCUCAGAACUUUUCCAGUAGUUCUGCUGGAAACCAUGUCUCACUACACAGACGAACCAAGAUUUACCAUAGAGCAGAUAGACCUGCUUCAGCGCCUGAGACGUACCGGAAUGACCAGACAUGAAAUCCUUCACGCUCUGGAAACCUUGGAUCGGCUUGAUCAAGAGCAUAGUGACAAAUUUGGAAGAAGGUCUAGCUAUGGAGGUGGUUCCUACAGCAACAGUACCAACAAUGUCCCAGCAUCUUCCUCUACAGCCACAGCUUCAACACAGACCCAGCAUUCUGGGAUGUCCCCAUCACCAAGCAACAGUUAUGAUACCUCCCCACAGCCUUGCACUACUAAUCAGAAUGGGAGGGAGAGUAACGAGAGGUUGUCUGCAUUCAAUGGGAAGAUGUCGCCUACCCGCUACCCACUUGCAAACAGCUUGGCUCAAAGGUCAUACAGUUUUGAAGCUUCUGAAGAGGACUUGGACAUUGAUGACAAAGUGGAGGAACUGAUGAGGAGGGACAGCAGCGUGAUAAAGGAGGAAAUCAAAGCCUUCCUAGCCAAUCGGAGAAUUUCCCAAGCAGUUGUUGCACAGGUAACAGGUAUCAGUCAGAGCCGGAUCUCCCAUUGGCUAUUGCAGCAGGGGUCGGACCUAAGUGAACAGAAGAAAAGGGCAUUUUACAGAUGGUACCAGCUUGAGAAGACAAAUCCUGGGGCUACAUUAAGCAUGAGACCCGCUCCUAUGCCAAUAGAAGAGCCAGAAUGGAGACAGACGCCUCCCCCAGUCACAGCUACCUCUGGGACCUUCAGACUACGGCGAGGCAGUCGGUUCACCUGGAGAAAGGAGUGCCUGGCUGUUAUGGAAAGUUACUUCAAUGAGAAUCAAUAUCCAGAUGAGGCAAAGAGAGAAGAAAUUGCAAACGCCUGUAAUGCAGUUAUACAAAAGCCAGGGAAAAAGUUAUCGGAUUUGGAACGAGUUACCUCCCUUAAAGUGUACAACUGGUUUGCCAACAGAAGAAAGGAAAUCAAGAGAAGAGCCAAUAUCGAAGCAGCAAUCCUGGAGAGCCAUGGAAUAGAUGUACAGAGUCCAGGAGGUCAUUCCAACAGUGAUGAUGUUGAUGGCAAUGACUACUCGGAGCAGGACACUUGGCAAGUACGCAAUGGGGAGGAGGAGGGAAGAUGUUCAGAGGGAGGCAGAGAAGCAGAGAAGGUAGAAGAAGACAGGAGGAUCUGCUCCAAACAAGCAAGUUACACCAUUCACGCCACACGCAAUGAUGACAGCACUAGCCAUAGUGACCAUCAAGACCCCAUUUCAUUAGCCGUGGAAAUGGCAGCAGUAAACCACACCAUCUUGGCAUUGGCCCGGCAAGGAGCCAACGAGAUCAAGACAGAAGCUCUAGACGAUGACUGAUACAAAGAGAGGGGAGGGUCAAAGCAAGACGUAACUUAGUUUUAGACGUAGCACCUUAGCAGACUUUCCUCAGUCCUUAAUAUGUGUUCUUACAGUAUAACUUUGCAGUUUCUUGUACGUCAGUUAGCUGUUAGGGUCUUGUUCUGUGAAGAUGGCAUGGUGCCCUCAGCCUUUGCAUAUACUCUCUCAGUAUUAAUUCCCAGUAAAUAAUCAAUCAACCAACCAACCUCCCUCUCCCAGCCCCAGUGGCUAGAAAAAUCUUGCUGCUCUGUCUUAGCAUUCAAAGUGCUUCCAGGUAUUUUAGACAGCCCUCAAUUACAAGUCUUAGGCUACACUUAAAACCUUGGAUAACCUUAGAGAUCGUGUUAAAAAAAUAGUCUGUACGCUUUCCCUUCUCUGAGACUGAAAGGAUGCAAGCUGAGGUAGUGGCACAGGGUCGAUGGACACCAGAUCGGGAGUAUCACCAGAGAGUAAAAAGAACACUAGAAACCCCACUUCAGCAUGGGAAUAAAUCAUUUCCAGCUGCAAUAAGCCGUGCCUCACUGGUCAUACAGUGACUUGAUAUACUUUUGGGUGCUGUGCUGAGAAUGUCCAUUGGAAACACAUUCACGUAUUUUGGUUGAUGUUCACAUAUUCAACACAGACAUCCUCUACUCUCACGAGCUACGUGGCUUAGUGGAUAAGUACUGCCUUCUGCCUCUGGGACCAUGAUUGAAGCCCAGCCUGGAAUCAUAUGAAAAAUGAGCUGAAUGUCUAAUGGACAACAGUCCACUUCUCAAAACCACUAUUCAUUAUUUGGCAUGGCUAGCAGUGCCUGCUCAGAAGAGGUCUAGACUCUAUUGAUCUGUCAUUAACAAUUUCACCUAUUAUUCUUCCUCUCACCUUUUCUGUCCCCACCCUAUUCCCCUCUCCACUUUGCUGCUUUCAAAAGCAGUGUUUUCCAGGAAGGUUAUUAAAGUCAUAAAAUGGGUGAGUGGAUUUUUACACAUCUGUGUAACUAAUGCCUACAUCCUGACUAGCCUGGAAGGUUCUUGGAGAACUUUUGCAUCUGACCUUUGCUAGGAAACCAUCAUAGCAUAAAUAUUCUCCUAAUUAUGAACUCUUUUUGUUUCUUUAAAGGCAGGAGGAUCUCUUACAUGAGAAAUGGGGUGUGAAUGUUUUGUGUUCUCUUUACUCUGUCCUUGUUAAGAUGUGAGAAAGCUAUACGGCUACGAGCAAUUUAAUUAAUAAUUGGAAGCCAUACUGAUAAUGGAUGUGGUAAUAUUUGUAAAGCAAACCUACUUUAAGUAGCAGAAACUAAUGGAAUUGUUUUCCUUGAUCAUAUGUAGCACUUUUGUUACUUUUUUCUUAAAGAUAUUUAUAUUUGAUAAGUCUUUUUUUUAUCAUUUGAGAAUUCAAAAUACCAAACAGCAAACUUGCAUUACAGAGUCACCCUGCGAUCACCUUGUCAUCUAGUAUCUAAAUGAUGAACUGUGUGUGCAUCUAAGAAAAUUACAUCUGCUAGCAUUGUGUGGAAAUGAUCUCCUGGCAUCCUGAUAAAAUGAUAUGCUGCUGCCGGUAAGAGGAAGCAUUUCAAUGGAAACAGCAUGGGAAGUGUUAGAGAUGGGCAGGACUGUGUUGCAUUAAAACUAAAAAUUAAAAACCCAUGUAAA